GACACGGGUCACCGGAAACAAACAAAGGCGCCACUGAGAGCGUCAAUCGUGUCGAGGAGUUAGUGAAAGGUAUCACCUGAAUGAAUUUCUAUUACCUUAUAUUAUAUUGCCGCUCCGCUAGGCCUUGGCCUUGACUUAUAUUAUGUAUUAUUAUGUUGUAUAUCUUUUUCCCGGUCCCAAGUUUCCGUUUAUUUCAUUGUCAGGAGUUUUGCCACUUUUAAUUUUGAAGUAAAAAUACAAAAAUUCGGUACCGGUAAACUGUAAUUGUAAACAAAAUAACAACUUCUUAAUAGUUUUAUUUCUAAUAGUAAUACUAAGCUGAGUCAAACUUUAAAAAAAAAAAAAAUUGUCAUAAAUUAAUUAUUUAUAAAGUCAGUACAGGGCCUAAUUAAAUAAAUUAUACAUUUUGUGUCAGUCCUACGAGUCAUACUCCAUUAUUAUAAAAUACAGCAUUAAUUAAAAAUUUAGAUCAUGUCAUACUGUCAUAGAGUUAUCAAUAAGUUGGUAAAAGUAAAGGCUUUAACUUUAAUUUAUUUUGAAGCAGCAUUUGAAUUUCAUUAGUAAGCAUUCUAUAAAUAAACAGGUCUACUGAUGAAAUUAUUUGAUUUAGCUGAUGCAGUGAUGGUGUAACACAAAAUUUUACCUUUUUUGAGGAUAUAAAUAAGACAAAAUUAUUAAACAAAGUUAUUCAUAAUAUAUUUUACAGACAUGAUGGAGAGGGUUUUGGAACCAAGAGAAGCUGGUCAUUACAUUACUGAGAACAGUGAAAAUGUUUUCAUUCUGGAAGAAGGUGUUAAAAAACUUGCAGAACUUGUGAGUAUUUAUUGAUUCAUUUGGCCAUACUGAUACUGGCUAUACUAAUUAAUACUAUACAAGGACUUCCGUAUCGCCCAUAAACACCAGACAAUCAGGUAUAGUAAUUUCGUCGUCAAAAUGACGACCUCCACUUUUUAAUUUACAGAGGGUUUUGUUGUUUAGUCUUUUAUAGUCGAUUUUUAGCCUAAUAAUAAAUUCGUAAUAAUAAAUUCUACAUCCACCACUUACUUAAAGCUGAUGUCUUGCUUGUUCUAUUGAGAAUUCAUUAGAUUUUUUUUUCGAGGUUAAAGCUUUGAAAAUGGAAGUGAGGUAAAAUUAACUGAUUAAUAAUUUUUUUUUAAAAUGUGCUCAAUCAUAAAAAAAGCAGCUCAUUAAGAUUAUAGGUUCAUAAAUAACAUUUCCAAACUUCAUCAGUGUAGACCAUAGGCAGGUGUCAAAAACGAAAAUCAAAGAGGUAAUUUUUUAGGCUAAAUUAUAACUAAAAAUAACUAAUUUUAAAUAAACGAAGUGUCUAGAUGUCCGGCGAACGGACAAAUAAGUUCUCGAGAUAUUCAUCCAGCGAUAACGUCACAUGACUGCUGUAACAAAGUUGCGCAGAUAUUGGUCCAUCAGCCUUGUCACGUGACAGCUAAUGAUCGAUCGGAAAAAUGGUAUCAGAGAUGCAUGUGGGCGACAAGAUUACUUCAUUUCAGCAAAUGGGUUUGGGGGGUGGGGUAAGCAAUGCAUAAUAGAAGGAAGAAAUACUGAGAGUGAGAGAGGAAGGAUAAAAAUGAUAGUGAGUGUGAUAAAUAAUUAAAGCGGGGAGGUCGAUAGUUCACAAAGAAAUAGACCCUACAUCUUAAUUUAUGGCCAAUAUAGCCUACUUCUUAUGCAAUAUUAAUAGCCUAAAAUAAAAUAUUUUUGAAUUAGGUCUGUUGAAAGUCAACUGGCAGGUAUUGGUCUUAUUUUGGUUGGUUUAUAUUUUAGAUUUAGGCUACUAGGUAGAGCUUUAUAAGAUAUUUAAACCAGGGGCGUAGCUAAAGGGGGGGGGGGGCAGAUGUCAGCAGUCAAGUCAACUUUCCUAGGAGUCGGUAUGGUAUAUUUACAUCCUAAAAUCUUCCCCUCCCGUCCAGCGUCAUACAUUCUUAUUAGCAAUUUCUACAGUGGGUUUCUACCUCUUUACUAAUUUAUGAAGCAGCUGGGACGAAACGGUUGUCUAGGAACAGCUUCCUCAAUUGCUGGGUAAAUAGAAUCAUCUGCAGGAGGCUGCUACUACCUACCUCACGCCUCAGAUCCUUCACCCCCUUCAAAUUAUUUGAUUAAGUCCCACCCCCUACAAAAAAACAAUAAUUCAUUAUAAAAUUUGAAAAAAAUGUAUUUCUUAUUUUUUGUUUUUUUUAUUUAAGAGACCUGUAGGAUUCUUGGGCCAUAACAUAAAUAUUGAGGAAUAUCUUAAAAGUAAGGGGUCCCUCUGAUAAUAACUUUUCCUCACACCCUCUUAGCCCUGAAAUAAUAAUAAUAAUUAGUGGUCUUUUAUCGCGCAAUACCCCAGCCUAGGGCUGGGCUCGGCUCACCGCGCUGUACAUAAAAAUAUUAUCAAAAGAGACAUAAUCAUGACAUUAAAAUUAAAAUCAAAUACAAUUAUGAAAUAAAGAACAGCAUGAACCCCAGGACUUUUACAAGGCAAACCAUGGACAGCAGCCAACAAGAUCAUUCUUCUGUCCCUUGGGGUCGCAAACACCCAAGGCCUUUGUGUUAUUAUAUUUCAAAUAGAGCAUAAUUCACCUGAGUAAAGACAAUUUCUAAUUCUUUUGAUACCUUUUGAAGAAAUAAUAUUUCUAAAAAGUGUAAUUCCUUAAACACGUAUUUAAAAAUAAGAUUUCAUUAGAACAAUGCCCCUUGUUUUUUCAUGUAGCUCUACACCAAAGUGAGAUCAGGGGAUUUUGAUGUCAAAAUGUGGCGCAGACAUGAACUAAACCCUCAGACAAAAGAUGAGGAUGCAGUUAACUGGUAAAGAUUUUUGUGAAAUUAAUAUUAUUUUAUCUUUACUUAUUCAUUGAUCUUCAUAAAUUCAUCCACUUGCUGCAGGUAGACUGAAACAGAAUUUAAAAAAAACCUUAAAUAAUUUUUUUCCUAUACAUAGAAGUUAGAAGUGAAAAAAAAGCACAUACAUUUAUUGUUUGAGAAAACUAUAAUUUGACAUUAAAAAAAAAAAAAACCCACUUGUAUUGACAUUUUGUUAACAGUUAUCAUGUUUCUUAGACACUUUGUUAACAGUUAUCAUGUUUCUUAGACACUUUAACAGUUAUCAUGUUUCUUAUGGCUACAGGGUGUUUGUGUCUGCAGUUUUGAAUUUUUCUUUUUGGUCAGAGAAAGAAUCUGAAAAAUAUAUGGUCAAAUAUAAUGGCAAAGAACACACAGGUUAUUGGGCUCUCUGUGCUGCCAUGAAUAGAGCAUUAGAUGUAAGUAGAAGUCUGCCAGGCUUAAAAAAAUGUUUUAUGUGUGGAGUAGUUGAUUUCUUUGAUGGUUUACUUUUAUAUUUUAUCCCCUACAAUGAGAACGUUUAAAAGCACAAAUAUUAAGCCAUAGUAACAUUGCUGAAAAACUGUUAUCGUUUUUCUGGCGAACUAUUUCAAUUUCAGCGUUUGAUCAAUCUUGAAAAUCUCCCAACGGAAGCGCCUAUUAAGUCAGUUGAGGAAAAGUGUUUAGAUUAAAUUUUGUUUUGCUCAAAUCUCAUUAAAAAAUAAUUUAAUUCCUGAAGAGAUGAGUAACUAACAUUUUCAUUUUAAAAAUAAGCGUUAUUUUCCAUGGUGCGUAUGUUUAUUACUGUUACUUUGAACAAGAACAAUAUUCUUUUAACUAAUUAUUAUUCCCAUCAAAGAGCCAUUUUAAAAUGUUGUUCUCCCAAGGCACUAACAGUGCGAGGAAUAUCAAGCUCAAAUAUAAUUGUAUCUAUCUGAAAUGAUCCAGGAGGGCUUUGAAGUUACCACACCUUCUUAUUAUGCAAAAGUAGACCUGAAGACCUUGAACACAAUCUUCCGCUCAGACUCUGCAUAUGGCAUUCCCUUACUGGAUGAGAGACAUGAGGUGCUUAAUGAAGCAGGGAAUGUUUUAAUGGAAGUGAGUGAGAAAUCUGCAUUUAUUUAACCAAUAAAAAUUAAAAGACCGAAAAUAUCUGUUUAUGCAAGUUGGCUGAACUUGUAAUAAAGUUAAACAAAAUAUAAUAUUACAUCAGCACAGAUUUAUCCUUUUGACAACACCUCAUUUUUUUCAUUGAGCCUUCACCUGAAACCAAGCUUAAAUAAACCUAAUAAAAAUUAUGAUUCUGCUAGUAAUCUCCAUGUUAUCUUCACAGUGACAUCCUAAUCUUUGUCCCAGUUGCAGUAGUAUUGUCCCAGUCCCAGCAGUGUACCUUAUCAUAAAAUCUGUGUCAUUUCAUUAAUGGGGCUAAAGUUUUGUACUAAGGGGCACAAAGUACGAUUAUGCAGAAGUGCAAUACCCGAGACUUUCGUAGCUAGAUUCUCAUUUCAUGUGAACAUGAGUGAAGUCUCAUAAGGAAAACAAACUUGGUGCAUCAAUUUAUUUGCAGAAGAAGAGGGCAUAAAGUAUUCUUGAGGGCACAGGUUAUUUUUUAGGGUAUAGGGUACUCUUAAUGAAGAAAAUCAAAGCUGCCUAAAAUAACUAUUUCUUAAAUGUUUUCAAGAAUUAAGAGAUUUGUUUCCCCUUACAGAAAUAUCAAGGGAGCUUUGCUAACGUCAUAAAAGAAGCCAAUGGUUGUGCACAGAACUUGCUACAUCUUGUUGUUGAUAACUUUCCAAGCUUUCGUGAUGUUGCAGAAUACAAAGGAAAAAAGGGUAGAUUUAUCUUGAUUUCGGGUUUUUGGAAGUAUUUUUCUAAUUUGAAAAUGUCAUUUAUUUAAACAGGGUUCGCACGGUCUUUGAAGGUCUUUGAAGGUUUGGGGAAAAAAUUUUUUUCCAGGGCCCGGAAAGUUUGGGAAAAUUGUCAAAAAAUAUCAGUCUUUGAAAGUUUGGGAAAAAUGAUUAUAAAAAAGUUCGAAAGGAAAAAAAACACGGGAGGAAUAAAAAAUGUUUCCGUUUCACGCUUUUUAUGAUCCGUUGAACGAAGCAAGAAAGAAAUUUGUUCAUUGGUCGGUAGAUUUCGUUAAGCCAAUCAAAUUAAUCUUAACGAGUGUGCUAUCACGUAUUAACUGCGCAUGCUUGGUUCGCGGCAUAAAUACAUUGGCAUGGUUAUAACUUUCAUUUUGGAUUAGUGACAGGUGCGUCCUGCGUUUUCUCUAUUGAUAACCUUCAAAUCUUUGGACAGUUUAAAUAAUAAUUAUGCCUGGAGUUUGUUCUUUCAAUGAUAUAUGGCUCGACAAAUUAGAAUACAAGUUUUGGCUAAAAAAAGUAGCAGAUGACAAGAGGAAAGCCUAUUGCAAUGUUUGUAAAAAAGAACAUCGAUAUCUCGUCGAUGGGGGAAGGAGCACUCAACAGCCAGGCAAAGGGUAAGCUACAGUAUUUAAAAGAAACCUAUUUCUAAUUCACUUUGCGAAGUAAAAAUGGGAUAUAUUAAAAUCUCUUUUCAGGUUUCUUUUCUAUAUUUUUAUGUUACUAAUUUGGCUGCUUCUACUACUACUACUAUUACUACUAAAAAUUAUAUAUCUAGACUUCAUUUUUUUUUAAAGGCUAAGUGCUAAGCAGCUCUACCAGUAAAUCUCAAUAGGAGAUUAAUUGCGAUUAAGAAUAUUAUUAUAUCAGGAUACUGACAAUUUUCAGAUUCGUUACAGUUUCUUUGCUAUAAUUAAGCUACUAAUAUGGCUCCUACCGAUUACUUUUAUCCAGACUCAAACUAUAGGCUUAAGACAAGGCUACCAGUUAAUAAUUUUAAAAUAAGAAUAAAUGCCUUAACUUUAACUGUGUUUAAUAUUUUUGUACCUGGCUAAGCCUAACUAUAUUAUUAAAAUAUUAUAAUUAUUUGAUUGGCUAUUUAUUUUAGGAAAAAAGCACAUUCAAAAUGAGAAGGCUGCUAUUUCUAGUACGCCUAUUACUGGAUAUUUAAAUACAGUUAAUAAUGCUGACCCAGUACCAUCAUCAUCAAAGGCCUGUCGUGAACAGGGAUCAACAGCAAAACCUGUCUGUAUUCAGUCGUUCUGCACUAAGACAGAAGUGCUUACCGCUGAAGUAAUUUGGACUAUGAAAUGUCUAAAUAGCCAUUACAGCUUUAGUUCUUGCAGGGACACUGCUGAUUGUUUCAAACCAUGUUUCCGUCUUGUGAUAUAGCUCAACAGUUUGCAUGUGCUGAGAGGAAGUCUGCAUAGCUUAGCAUUUUUGGCAUAGCCCCCAACUUUGCUGACUUGCUUCUAAAAAGAAUAAGAGCAGCUUCUGCUUAUGUUCUUAUGUUUGACGAGACAAUGAACAAACAGAUGCAGGAAAAGCAGAUGGAUAUUUAUGUUCUUAUGUUUGACGAGACAAUGAACAAACAGAUGCAGGAAAAGCAGAUGGAUAUUUAUGUUCUUAUGUUUGACGAGACAAUGAACAAACAGAUGCAGGAAAAGCAGAUGGAUAUUAUACAAGAAUACAAACUGCUCUGUUACUUCAAACAGAUGCAGGAAAAGCAGAUGGAUAUUUAUGUUCUUAUGUUUGACGAGACAAUGAACAAACAGAUGCAGGAAAAGCAGAUGGAUAUUUAUGUUCGCAUCUGGGAUGAAAAUAAAAUUACUUCCUUUUUCCACUCAUCUCAUUUUCUUGGACAUGCCACUACCCAUAACCUCUUGGAAAAAUCAGUCCAAUUAUCUUGGACCAAGGACACGGGGGAUUCUUACAACUGUCCAUGGAUGGCCCAGCAGUGAACUGGAAACUUUUUCAGAUGUUAGAAAAAAAUGCUGAACAAUCUAGAAAAUAUGUGGAGUCCAUAAUAGCAUCAAAUUCAUUUGAGCACAGAAAUUUCUCCACAUCAAAAAGCAGGGUGGAUGAAUUUUUUUUCUCAGCUUUUCACAAUAAAAAGGAGUUUUCUGAGCUGUGGAUUAUUGUUCAAAAACUCCUUUUGUUAUCGCAUGGCCAGGCGACUGUGGAAAGAGGGUUCUGUUGAAAACUUACACAGAGAGAGUCUCUGUGCUCAACGUCUUAUCAUGGGUCAAGUUAGGAGAGCUGGAGGACCUCGAAAAGUUCAAAUUACCAAAGAGUUGUUAAGUUUUGCCUCAUCUGCUAGAAUCAAGUACACUCUUUACUUGGAAAAGCAGAAAGAGGAAAGAAGUAUUCUACUUGCGUCAAAAAAAAAAGAAAGCUUGAGCUAGAUGAGGUGCAGGAGUUGAAAAGAGCUUUGGAAUCUGAUGUAGCAAGUUUAGUUACCUUAGCCAAUAGCAAGGCUAAAGAGGCUGAAGUUAAAAGAGACUUCUCUUUUAUCUGUACAUCAAAUGCAUUGCGGGAAAAGGCUUCAGAGAAGGAGAAGGAAGCCCUAAAACUUCAAAAACUUAUUACCGAAAAAGAAGAAGACCUUCAGUAAAAAAAAAAAAGUGAAAUAUUUUAACUAUAUAUAUGAUUUGUGUAAAUAUUAAUUGGUCUGUUUGCAACACAUUUUUUUAAAAUUGCGUGAUACAACUGGACAGUCACGACAUAUAAAAUAUUCUGUCUAGAACAUUGGCUCAUUGGUCUGUGGCUGAUAGUUUUAACAAUUGUUUCAAAUAAAAAUUACAUGUGAACUCUGAGCUGAUUCGAGUGUGUGUUUACAUACAUUUGUGCUAUAUUUGCUAAAACCAAAGGACAUCCCUACAUGGAUAAGCUGAUUAUGAUGUGUAUAGUGUAUAUACUUAUGCGUUAUGAAGAAUUUUUUAAACUACGCUAUCUUUAAGUGAGUUUUUGUGUUCUUUUCUCUUUAGUAUUUGAUGAAAAAUAGGUCUUUGAAUUUUUACAAAAAGGUCUUCGAAGGUUUGGGAAAAGUUUGUGAAUUCUGGACCUUGAACUCUAUAUGAACCCUGUUUAAAUGAUUUAAAAACAUGAAAAUGUCAUUUAUUUAAAUGAUUUAAAAACAUGAAAAUGUCAUUAUUGUUAAAAUAAAUAAAUUUUCUUCUUUUAAUAAUUAUUAAUAUGUAUCUUAAUUAUCAAAACAAAGUAACUGCUCAGUCCCAGUUAUGAAUUUAAUAAUCACUUCAGCACAAUGAUUACUUAUAACAGAAUAAAUUAGCAUCCUGAUAAAGCAUACCAACCUCAGAAUGGUGUAGAUAGUAUUUAAAAAAAACAAUGGAGGCAAUAUUUUCCAAUGACCACAAUCUCCUGAUGCUAUCUAAACCAAAGGGUUCUAUCACCCAUGCUUAAGAAUCCCUGGUUUCAGAAAGAGUUUUUUAAGACUGUUUAUACAUUUUAAGCAACAUCAGUAAAUAACAUUAUUUCCCCCCCUCAAGUAAAAUGUGGUUGUCAACCUAUCUGACAUACACUUUCAACCUAUCUGACAUACACUUUCAACCUAUCUGACAUACACUUUCAACCUAUCUGACAUACACUUUCAACCUAUCUGACAUACACUUUCAACCUAUCUGACAUACACUUUCAACCUAUCUGACAUACACUUUCAACCUAUCUGACAUACACUUUCAACCUAUCUGACAUACACUUUCAACUUAUCUGACAACUUAUACUAAGUUUCUUUACCAGAUUAUGUCAUUUUAUGAAGCAAUACGCUAUGACUAAAUCAAGUAAAAAAUUUUUAUGAUCAUACCUCAAACUAUACCUGUUUCAGUUGGAAUCUACAAGAGGGUUCAGAUUUUGAUUGGUGAUGUAUGGGGGUGCUGUGAAGGUGAAGGCCUUGGGAAGUUUGAUGACAUUGACACAAUAACCAUGUUUGCUGAUUACAGGUGAGUGCUGUUCAUGUGUGCUGAUUACAGGUGAGUGCUGUUCAUGUUUGCUGAUUACAGGUGCAUCAGUUCUAAAAUGGUGUAUUGGAAGUUCUAUUAAAUUAUAAAGGAUGCCUUGAGAACUCUUGGGUAAGGUUAUUCAUGCCACUAGUUUACUCUGUAUUACACAACAGUAGAUUCCUACUGGGAUUGUUGUUAACAAUAAACAAUUUUUGUCUGCAGAAUUCCCCAAGCUCUUGUCUAUUUUGGAGCUAUGAAAUACUCUGAGGAUUUAAUGGACAAGUUAAAGCAAGGUUAGUAUUUCACCAUUUUAACAACUUUGUAUCUGAACAUUUAAUGAAAGGAGAGUAAAUGUCAACAUAUUAAUAAUAAUCUCCAAGUAAAUUACAACUACAAACAGAUGGCCAUACAGUUGACCAGAUGGCCGAACAGAUGACUGAACAGAAGACCAGAUGGCCAAACAGAUGACCAGGUAGCCAAACAGAUGGCGACAGAUGACCAGAUGGCCAAACAGAUGGCGAGAGAUGACCAGAUGGCGACAGAUGACCAGUUGGCCAAACAGAUGACCAGGUAGCCAAACAGAUGACCAGGUAGCCAAAUAGAUGGUGACAGAUGACCAGAUGGCGACAGAUGACCAGAUGGCGACAGCUUCAAAUAGAUGGUGACAGAUGACCAGAUGGCGACAGAUGACCAGAUGGCGACAGCUGAUCAGAUGGCAACAGAUGGCCAAACAGAUGGCAACAGAUGACCAGUUGGCCAAACAGAUGACCAGGUAGCCAAACAGAUGGCGACAGAUGACCAGAUGGCGACAGAUGACCAGAUGGCCAAACAGAUGACCAGGUGGACAAACAGAUGACCAGAUGGCCAAACAGAUGACCAGAUGGCCAAACAGAUGGCGACAGAUGACAAGAUGGCCAAACAGAUGACCAGGUGGCCAAACAGAUGACCAGAUGGCCAAACAGAUGACCAGAUGGCCAAACAGAUGGCGACAGAUGACCAGAUGGCCAAACAGAUGACCAGGUAGACAAACAGCUUGCGACAGAUGACCAGAUGGCCAAACAGAUGACCAGGUAGCCAAAUAGUUGAUAUAUGAAGUGCAAUUGAAACUAUGAAGCAUGUUAUGCAGGAAGUCUCCAUAGAGAAAUGGAGACAAUAAAGCAAAGACCUAGCAAAUUACUGUGGGAGAUUUGACUGAGACAGAAUAAAGCAAAGACCUAGCAAAUAAGUGUGGAAGAUUUGACUGAGACAGAAUAAAGCAAAGAUCUAGCAAAUUACUGGGGAAGAUUUGACUGAGACAGAAUAAAGCAAAGACCUAGCAAAUUACUGUGGAAGAUUUGACUGAGACAGAAUAAAGCAAAGACCUAGCAAAUUACUGUGGAAGAUUUGACUGAGACAGAAUAAAGCAAAGACCUAGCACAUUACUGUGGAUUAUUUGACUUAGACAGAAUAAAGCAAAGACCUAGCAAAUAACUAUGGAGAUUUGCCUGAGACAGGAAAUACAAAGAGCCACCUGCUCACUGUGGGAAGCAUAAAUCAGGCUGUAGUUACUUCAUCAGAAAGUUUGGGUGGAAAAGAUCAAGCAUAAUAUGAAAGUCUAGACAUUGUUUUGAACUAUAAAUAGAAGUCAUUCAUAACAUUUCUGCUUUGGUCUGUUUGACACCUUGAAGCUGCUGCAUCAUUUGUUUUGUGUUCUUUGUGACACUGCAUUGCAAGAAAGAAAUUUAAUUAAAGUUUAUCCAGAAGUUAUUUUGCCCAUCCCUGAACUUUGAAAUGACUGUAGAACCCGGUUUUGUGUCGGCCUAGGGGUUAGCCAAAAAGCAUCGAGAUAAAGGAAAACCAAUAUGGCGGAAAUAUAUUUAAAUGUGCUUGAAAUUUCUCUAUGUACAUGAUGUGCGUUUAUGCACGUUUAUAAAUGUAUGUACUUCAGCAUAAAAAAAAAUUAUAAUUUUUAAAAUAUUCCAGUUAUUUUGAGAAAAUUGCAAAUAAAAAAAAUGAAACCAGAAUCAAGUUUUUAGCUUUAGUACUUUUUGAGCUAUGAAUUUUUAACGUGCGAGUUCGUUUGGUGUUUUCUACUAUGGACGAAGCCUUCGCAUUGUGUGACCUCAUUCUGCUGAUGGCGUCAUGCGCAAUGACUAAAUAGUUUAUAUCAAGUAUAAGGCAACGCAUCCCCUCAUUACUAAAAUACUAUUUAGGGACUACUUAUUUUGAAAUUUCAACUUUGGCACAUGACGACUUAAUUAAAGCUUUCCCUGACCAAUGGUUUUAAUAGUUUUUGCACACUGCAAACUCUUUAGGUAUUAUGCGAGUGACUGUGAGAUGCUGCCCAUGACAAUGUUUUGUACUCGACAAAUUAUGAUCAUUUAUAAUAUGGACUCGACUGGGUUUUUAAAUCUCAAAUUAAACAAUUUUCAUUUAAGCUACUUCUAGGCAUUCUAAAACACAAGUCCUGUAUUUUGAGAAAUAAAUAAUUAUUUUAAUUAUGCAAAACUUAUUAAUUUGUUUCCUAUAUCUUCUUGCGGAGUUAAAAAGCGGCGAUCGGUCAUGUGGAUAGAGGUAACCGAGGUUAAGUGGCAAGUUUGGCCGUCUUUUGUGCUCAAGAUAUCAGGGUUCGACGACAUAAAAGAAUUGACAUAACCAAGGAGAAAAUGCUAAGAUAAAGAUAGAAUUUGGCGGUUCCACGUCAAAAACGUCCACUUAACAGGGUUGGAGAGUUAACCGAGGAUGACAUGACCAGGUUCUACUGUAUUUUGUUUACACAUUUGACAAUAUGGAGAUAUGAUGAUGAAUCAAAUGAAGACAAGGGAAAUAUAGGACAAUAUGAAGAUGUUAUGAAGCAAUUUAAGACAUAUGACAAUACCGCUAUACAAUUAACUGAUGGUGUUUUGUUUACUAGUGCCUUAUAUUAUUUUAUUUUUAAAUUACAGUACACCUUUUCAAAAGUGGAGAGCCACUGGAGGUAGAGAUCAGAGGAGUCAGCUUAUGGGCAUGUGAGGUAAUAUGGUUUUAUGUAGAAUACUUUUUUUAAAUGUCAUAUUUGCUAAAUUCAAGUGGAUGAAAUAGCCUUACAAAUGAUGGAGUCCAAAAUAUUUACGAUUUCAUAUGUGUGCUGGUAGUAAAAAAAAACAACUGGUUUAAAUGAUUUGCUAGCAGAAGUUGGUGAGAGCCACCACUAGCAGAAGAGCCACCACUAGCAGAAGUUGGUGAGAGCCAUCACUAGCAGAAGUUGGUGAGAGCCACCACUAGCAGAAGUUGGUGAGAGCCACCACUAGCACAAGUUGGUGAGAGCCACCACUAGCACAAGUUGGUGAGAGCCAUCACUAGCAGAAGUUGGUGAGAGCCACCACUAGCACAAGUUGGUGAGAGCCACCACGAGCAGAAGCUGGUGAGAGCCAUCACUAGCAGAAGUUGGUGAGAGCCACCACUAGCACAAGUUAGUGAGAGCCACCACUAGCACAAGGUGGGGAAAGCCACGACGAGCAGAAACUGAUGAGAGACACCACAAGCAGAAUGAGCCACCACUAGCACAAGAUGUAAAGAGCCACAACUAGCAGAAGUUGGUAAGAGCCACCACUAGCACAAGUUGGUGAGAGCCACCACUAGCAGAAGUUGGUGAGAGCCAUCACUAGCAGAAGUUGGUGAGAGCCACCACUAGCACAAGUUGGUGAGAGCCACCACUAGCACAAGUUGGUGAGAGCCACCACGAGCAGAAGCUGGUGAGAGCCACCACUAGCAGAAGUUGGUGAGAGCCACCACAAGCAGAAGUUGGUGAGAGCCACCACUAGCAGAAGUUAGUGAGAGUCACCAUAUAAAAUGAGUAGGGUUAAACCUGAAAAAAGGAACGCAACAAAACAACAAACGUGUCGGCAGAAAGCCUUCGUCAGCGAACAAAAAACCCAGAAAAAACGGUAUAAAAAUAAAAAAUAGCACUCAGCUUAGAAGUAGUAUCCGUGGGCAGCAAAAGAAAUUUGACAGAAAGUAAGUGAGUGAGAGAUUAAAUAAGGAAGAGCAAACGAAAAGAGGAGAAAAAAGUCUACUGCGAUAAGUUAGAACGUGGAGGGGCGGAGCUAGGGUCAAGCUGUGAAAAGAGACAUGACAUUCAUCCCAUGUGGAGUCAAAGUGCCAUAAGUCAGUAUAAGUCUGUUUUCCAAAUUCACCCGGCUGGGUGUGUUCGUGCCAGCCACGAUCGCACUUAUUGAAAAGUCCGUCUUGCCCUGGUGGUCGCUACUAUUGAAGUGUUUGGAGACGGGACACGUUUAUCUUGUGUAAUGUUAUGGAUGUGUCCUGUACAUCUGUCAGAGAGACAGCGUCCAGUCUCCCCUAUGUACGUCAUCUGACAGUGGGUGCAGACAAUGGCGUAGACAACGUUGCGGCUUGUACAAUUGAAACCGUCCAAACACUUCAAUAGUAGCGACCACCAGGGCAAGACGGACUUUUUUUUGCGUUCCUUUUUUCAGGUUUAACCCUACUUUAUUUUAUAUUGUGCUAACCUGAUUGCAGUCUCUCCCCUUAUUUCCCUGAGAGCCACCACUAGCAGAAUUUAGUGAGAGCCACCACCUUGUUUUUCAGAGUAUUUAAAUAAAGAUUUAAUACUAAGGUCCAAACUUGGAUUUUAAAAUGUUGUGGUUUCCUGGAGCGUGUUAAAUAAAAGACCAUUGCUAGUCAAUAAAUUCAUGUAUCAUUUUAAUUUAUUUCUCAGCUGAUUCGAGAUGAAAUACUCAAACGACUGAAAACCGGCGAGCGCCUAGAAUAUGAACCAAAAUCUCUCACGGUGAAUGCAGUUUUGAUUGAUCAUUAUUUAUGGGAUACAAGACGGGAGUUGGCCAGUGAGAUGGAGGACAUUCCUUUUCAUCGAUGCAGGGGAAUCUAUUACUGAUCUGAUUGUUUAUUUUAAAGAAUGUUGCUUAGAUUCCUUAUGUAUUAGAUCUGAUUUUCAAAUUGAUUAUGGACAAUCACUGCAAUGAAACAUUGGUUGAUAUGACAUCACUGCAAAAAACAUUGUUGAUAUGACAUCACUGCAAUGAAACAUUGGUUGAUAUCUUGAUAAUAAUAUUACAAGAGAAAUUAAAGAUUAAUUUCUUCCUGCAUUAAUUUUUUUUUCCUCUGACUUUUAGUAGUAUUAAUAGUUUCCAAUGAUGUAUAUAAAAAUAACUGCAAAAAAAUAUUUCUGUAAAAAAUAUAUUUUCUGUCAGUUUUUUCUGUUUUGAUAAGGCCAGAUUUCAAAACAUUGUUUGAUUAUUUUUUGUUUGCAAUUGGCUGUGUAUGUUCACGGUCAAAAGUUAGUCCCUCGAAGGCAAAUUUUGUUCCAGGUGAUAUUUAUGUUGUGUUACAAAUCCAUGUAUUUAGCAUGUUCUUGAGAGACAAUUCUUGGGUAAUUAUCUCACAAGAGACCUCCCAGUUUAAAAAAGUCAUGUAAAGAAAUCCAACCUUCUUACAUCAAAACUUCUCCAUGUUGCAUCCAGUAUUUAAAAUUUUUUUUAAACAUUUACUUAGUACCGGGUAAUUAGUAUGGUCAAAAUUGCAGCUAUGCUGGUCUAUGCAUUUCCAUAGUGUCUGUAUUCAAUCUGGAAGGACCCUUCAGUUCUUACCACAACAUUAGUCCUGUAAAUAAGAAAUUAUUGUUUUACUUUAUACAUCCCGAUGAUCCCACCAAUUUGUUCUGAUCUGCUCUAGUCCUAGUUUUACAUUUUUAGUUUUGUGAAGCGACAGAUGUCCUUUGUUUAAAGAAAGGUAUCGCAACCGUUUCCAUAUUUCUACACUGCUUCCCCCUUAUGAAAAAUUGUUUGACUAAGUCUCGCAUCCCCUAAAAAAAGUAACAUUGCAUUUUUGUUGAAUAACAAAGAGAACUGUAACAUUUUAAAAAUAAAUUUGUAACUUUGUUACAUCAAGUGUCCAUAAAGUAAAAUCUCCAUGAAAAAAUUUGAAUAUCAUACUUGACAAGUCAAUGGCUUCUCUGUACACUUUUCAUUGCAAUCACUGACAUGUCACCUGGCAGCCCAGGUUGAGAACACCUAAUCUAAAGUAUAUUGCCUCACCCCAGGUUGGGAACACCUCUCUCUUCUCCCCCCCCUUUUUUUUUUCCAACCCUAACAAACCCUCCCCCCAGUAAAGUAAUUUUACAAUAAUCACUUUUAUUUUAUGCUAUGUGUUGAUUUUUUGACCUAGGAGAUUCCGCCAAGAAUUCAUGUUUUUUUUUUAGGAAUUUACUGAAGUAAUUUAAUUUUAUAAAAUCAUAGUAUUAAAAAUCUCCCCCCCCUUUUUUUUUUCCAACCCUAACAAACCCUCCCCCCAGUAAAGUAAUUUUACAAUAAUCACUUUUAUUUUAUGCUAUGUGUUGAUUUGUUGACCUAGGAGAUGCCGCCAAGAAUUCAUGUUUUUAUUUCAGGAAUUUACUGAAGUAAUUGCAUUUUAUAAAAUCAUAGUCUUCAAAAAUAAUAUAGUGUUAUAAAAGAAUUUUUGCUAUAAUAACUGUUAGUGACGGAGUGUGGAAAGUUGAUUAACUCUUAGCGACAGAAUAUGGAAAGAUGAUUAACUGUCAGUGACAGAAUAUGGAAAAAUGAUUAACUGUUAGCGACAAAAUAUGGAAAGGUGAUUAGUUUUGGGAUAAUGUCAGCAAAGCAUGAGUUUAAAUUUAGGGCAGUCCUUGGUUUCACUGCUGGUGUAUUUUUUUUCCUGAUUUCUUUUUCCAAAGGAAGUUUAAAUGUUACAUUUUCGUUAAUGCAUAAAGGCUCUCAAGUUCUUUCCCAUUGGCUAACUGUCUUGGAGUUGACAUACAUCUACAUCUGGUACAUGCAAUGCAAUGUUUCGGCUCAGUUGAAGAGGGGCAAAAAGCAAUGUAGGUUAUUCCGUAAGUUCCUGGAAGAAAAUCUCAGUUCUAAAGAUUUCACCCUGAGUGCCUUUGAUAGGAUUAUUUUUCUUCAUUUUUUGGAAUUAUUUAGUUAUUUGUAAUGACAUGAAACCAAAGAUUUUUUUGCUACCAUGAAUUACAUUCUUUGACUUUGUCAUAACAUAUUUCUUAAAAAUUGUUUUUAUACAAUUUCAAAGAACUGGCCCUUUUUUAUUCAGUGGAUAUAAUAAAAUAUUAAUUGAUGUUUUCAGAAUCCCAAAAGUUGAUUACUGAAGUAAAUAUAUAUUCUGUUCUGUCAUUUGGAACAUUUUUGCUGGAUUGCUGUAUUUUAUAUUAUUAUAUACAGUUAAUUUAUUUGCAUAUCAGGAAAUUUUUGCCUGGAAUCAAAAACGUGAACAGAAUAAUUUCAAUAAUAUUUUAAAAAUAAUUUACUUGCCAGGAUGUGAUUAACAGCAUUAAACAGAUUUGUUUUGUUGAAA